UGGCGCCUGUUAGGCGGGACUCUCACCGUCCUUGCAGCGGGUGGGCUCGGGCCUUCGGAACGGCGCGGCGGCGAGGAGCCAGCGGGCGGACAGACUCGGUCCGCAGCGCGGUGACGCAGGCGGCCGGGCGGUGACGGGGCCGGGGCCGGGGCCUGCAGCGCGGCGCUGAGCUGGCGGGGCGGGCCGGGUGCGGGCGGCGGCUCCUCCUCCUCCGGCUGCAGUGGAAGAUACUUGAGCAUGAUAAUACGCUGAUGGGUGUGAUCCAGCAGAGAGAAGAAGAGUUUGCUGAGGCUGCACCAAGGAGGCAGUUAUAGGGAUUAAUAACUAAUAUUUAUGUAAGACAGAAGAGGAAGAUGUCAUUCCGUAAAGUAAACAUCAUCAUCCUGGUCCUGGCUGUUGUUUUCUUCUUACUGGUUUUGCACCAUAACUUCCUUGGCCUGAGCAGUUUGCUAAGGAAUGAGGUUUCAGAUUCAGGAAUUGUGGGGCUUCAGCCCAUAGACUUUAUCCCAAAUGCUCCCCAUGAUGCUGUAGAUGGGAGACAAGAGGAGGUUCCUGUGGUCAUUGCUGCAUCUGAAGAUAGGCUCGGGGGGACCAUUGCAGCCAUAAAUAGCAUUCAGCACAACACUCGCUCCAAUGUCAUUUUCUACGUUGUUACGCUCAAUCAUACCGCAGACCAUCUCCGGUCUUGGCUCAGCAGCAGUAUUCUGAAAAGCAUCAGGUACAAAAUUGUGAAUUUUGACACUAAACUUUUGGAAGGGAAAGUAAAGGAGGAACCGGACCAGGGGGAAUCUGUAAAACCAUUAACCUUUGCAAGGUUCUACUUGCCUAUUCUGGUUCCCGGCGCAAAGAAGGCUAUAUAUAUGGAUGAUGAUGUAAUUGUGCAAGGUGAUAUCCUUGCACUCUACAAUACACCACUGAAGCCAGGACAUGCAGCUGCAUUUUCAGAAGAUUGUGAUUCAGCCUCUACUAAAGUUGUCAUUCGUGGAGCAGGGAACCAGUACAAUUACAUUGGAUAUCUUGACUAUAAAAAGGAAAGAAUCCGUAAGCUUUCCAUGAAAGCCAGCACCUGCUCAUUUAAUCCUGGAGUUUUUGUUGCAAACUUGACAGAAUGGAAAAGACAGAAUAUAACUAACCAGCUGGAAAAAUGGAUGAAACUCAAUGUAGAAGAGGGACUGUACAGCAGAACACUGGCCGGCAGCAUCACAACACCUCCUCUGUUGAUCGUAUUUUAUCAACAGCACUCCACCAUCGACCCCAUGUGGAACGUCCGCCACCUUGGCUCCAGUGCUGGAAAACGAUACUCACCCCAGUUUGUAAAAGCUGCCAAAUUACUACAUUGGAAUGGGCACUUUAAGCCAUGGGGAAGAACUGCUUCAUAUACUGAUGUCUGGGAAAAAUGGUAUAUUCCUGACCCAACAGGCAAAUUCAGCCUUAUCAGAAGACAUACGGAGAUCUCAAACAUAAAGUAGAAUCUAGUUUAUGCUAUAAGCAUUUCUCAGGAAAUCCUGGAAGAUAGUAUGUGUGGGAAGUAAUUGUGGCAACCCAUGGAAAAGGAACAUUUCAACUGGGUCAAGAGGACAAAUGACACCGUCUGCUUCCUGAUAGACUACACGUAUCUCCAUCUGCCUUACCAAGUGUUUGCUUACUACAGUACUGAAUAACCAGAGGUGAAUGGACUGAUAAUAGCUGACACAGCUAGUUCAACACUGCUGCUUGGUUUUACAUUUGUAACCUGUGGCCCGAUCUAUAAGUAAAUAAAGUGAAACCUACAUUUUUCAGUAGGUAUCUGA